GCAUCCCUCCCAGAAUUCCCGCCAGCCCCCGUCCAGGAUGCCAGGAGCCCCGGCCGCCCAGGGGCGCUGGGUCAUCCGCCUCACCUAUGUGCUAACCACGCUGGAGCUCACCACCCUCUUCAUGCAGUUCUCCGUCCUGCCCUAUCUGUCUCGGACGCUGGGCCUGGAUUCCGUCAGUUUUGGCUACCUGCAGACGACCUUAGGGCUGCUCCAGCUGCUGGGGGGUCCCCUGUUCGGCAGGUUCGCGGACCAGCGCGGGGCCCGGGCGGCGCUGUCCCUGUCCUUCCUGGCGGCCUCUGCGAUCUACCUGCUCCUGGCGGCCGCCUGCAUCCCGGCCCUGCCCGGCGUCCCCCUGCUCUUCGCCUCGCGCCUGCCCUCCGCCUUCAUGCACGCCCUGCCCGCCGCGCAAAUGGUGGUCACGGACCUGACUGCGCCCGCGGAGCGGCCCGCGGCCCUGGGCCGGCUCGGCCUCUGCUUCGGUGUGAGCCUCAUCCUGGGCUCCCUGCUGGGCGGGACCCUGAGCACGGCGUUCGGGGUCCUUUGCCCCCUGGUCCUGGCACUGGUGGCCAACCUCCUGGGAGUCGUCGUCAGCCUCACCUGCAUCCCCAGCACCACCAAGAAGGCGCCGGCUGCCCCGCCAGGCGGGGCCACGGCCAGCGUGUUUGACCUGAAGGCCAUCACCCGCCUGCUGCUGCUGCCUGGCGUCCUGCCCGUGUUCCUGGUCAAGGUGGUCUCCGGCCUCCCCUCAGGGCUCUUCCUGGUCAUGUUCUCCAUCAUCUCCAUGGACUUCUUCCAGCUGGAGGCCGCGCAGAGUGGCUACCUCAUGUCCUUCUUCGGGGUCCUGCAGAUGGUGGUCCAGGGCCUGGUCAUCGGGCGUCUGAGCCGCCGCUUCUCGGAGGAGGCCUUGCUGCGGGCCAGCCUGCUGGUCUUCACCGUGGUGGGGCUGGGCAUGGUGCUGAUGUCCAGCGUCUUCCACUUCUGCCUGCUGAUGCCCGGCCUGGUGUUCGGCAUGUGCACGCUCCACGUGGUGACGGACAGCAUGCUGACCAAGUCCGUCCCUGCCGCGGACACGGGGACCAUGCUAGGCCUCAGCGCCUCGGUGCAGCCGCUCACCCGCACGGUGGGGCCCACGCUGGGCGGCCUCCUCUACCGCCGCUUCGGGGUCCCCGUCUUUGGCCACGUGCAGUUCGCCGUCAACAUCCUCAUGCUCCUGAUCCUCUGGAGGACGCCUGUGUCCCAGGAGAGCCGCAAAGCCCACUGACCGCGGCCCCCGCGCGCACACGCGGAUGAGCAAUAAACCCC